UGUAGCGGAGAACGCUGCCGUCGCCAACAGCCGCCCGUCAAUCAAAAUGCACUGGAUGUUGAGCCGUCUUCCAGGGAACGUCGUCCUGAGCCGCCCGCCAGUCUGUUCCCAGGGUUCACAGCGGAUAUCGCGUCGACGUCUUGAAACGUAGCCUACGACUUGAGAUCCUCAAUACGACGUACAGCCUCAUAAUAAUAACAAUACACUGGGCGGUCAGUGAGACGAGGUGAGUGAACAGUUUGUUUCGGGCUCCGCAUGUUGCAUUCGAAAGCGUCUGGGAACGAAUACUUGCUGUAGUUGUGGUGCGGGGACGACAACAACAACCACGGUGAUUACGUUAUUUCAAAGCAUUACGCCGCUGUAAACUCAUCAUUUUACGCACGAAUACCCACUUGGAAGGGGGGGGGGAGGAAAGGAAAGUGCGGGCCUGUGUUAUCCUAAUGGGCAUCGGGAAGGACCGCGGACCGAUGGAAUGAGCGAGCACCACGCACACAGCGGCAGGCAGCAGGGGGAUGCGAAUCCAAACUAUCCCCGAUACCAACUCCACGCUAUCUAGUCUCAGGCGACGCCUGUUCGCGCUCAGCUGAAGUGGAAGUACACCGGAUCUGAGGGCUUUUUACAACAGAUAAACUGCGUGCGUUCCCGCUCUUUGGGUGAAGAAAGCCAGAGCUUAACAACAACCAUGUCGAGAACCCUGAAGAAGAAGAAACACUGGACCAGCAAGGUGGUGGAGUGCGCGGUUUCGUGGGGAAGCCUGGGAGAGUUCGGCUCCGUGGUGGAGAUCCUGGGGGGGGCCGAGGGGGGAGAGUUCCCCUUCCUGGGGCAGAUGAAGCUGGACGUGCUGGUGUGUCACGUCGGCAAGCUGCCCUACUACGGCGACGUGCUGCUGGAGGUGAACGGCACGCCCGUCAGUGGACUUACAAACCGGGACACCCUGGCCGUCAUCCGGCACUUUCGGGAACCCGUUCGCCUGAAGACCGUCAAACCAGCUCCACAGUCGCCCAGGAGUGAGGCUGUGUUGAUGUUAGCGAUGCCAUCCCUGUCAACAGUGCAGGUAGUGCCAAUGAAUGCUAAAUAGUCAACAAGGUAGUAAAAUAAACAGACGCUUUGGUCCAAAGCGACUUACGGUGAAUUCAGAUCCAUGUUAUUAAGGAGCGAGUAGUGGUUAGGGCAUCUUUGCUCGAGAUGUCCACCUUGGGGAUCGA